AUGCCUUUUGCAAAAGCCUUAGAUGAAACAUACCCUAACGAUUCACGCCAGGAGUUUCACAUCCCAACCUUCAAAUCUUUGGGGAUUAAACCACCACAAGGGAAAUUAGAAAAUGAUGAGGUUAUAUACCUUUGUGGUAACUCAUUAGGGUUGAUGCCCAAAUCAACAAAGACUGCUAUCCUUAACGAACUUGAUGCUUGGAAAGAUCGUGGAGUUGUAGCACACUUUAACCGUUUAAACCAAGAGACAACGUGGGCUGAAAUAGAUCUUCCAACGAUACCUUUAAUGUGCCGUAUUGUUGGUGGCGAAGAAAAUGAGGUUGCUGUUAUGAAUUCAUUGACAGUGAACUUGAAUUCACUCUUGGUUUCAUUUUAUAAACCUAAUGGACGCAGAAACAAGAUAUUAAUGGAAACUGGUGCAUUUCCAUCAGACUAUUAUGCAUUACUGAAUCAAUGUUAUUUGAAUGGGCUAAACCCUGAGGGCACACUAAUACGAGUCCAACCUAAAGAAAAUGAAUUCAAUCUUGACCUUAAAGAUAUUAAGUUAAAAAUCCAAGAGCACAAAGAGACUUUAUCAUUAGUAUGUCUUCCUGGAAUCCAAUACUACACAGGUCAAUUAUUUGACAUCGAAUCAAUAACCAAAUUUGUGAAUGAUAUCGAUCCAAAUAUCAUUGUAUGUUGGGAUUUAGCACACGCUGUAGGUAAUGUUGAAUUAAAACUUCAUGAGUGGAAUGUUGAUAUUGCUGUUUGGUGUUCAUAUAAGUAUUUGAACUCGGGUCCUGGGUCAAUAGGCGGGUUAUUUGUUCACAAUAAACAUACACAAAAGCCACUGAGCCCUGCCAAACCCUUCCAACCUAGAUUAGCUGGCUGGUGGGGGAACGACUCUAAAAAACGGUUUGAAAUGAAAGAGACUUUCGAACCCAUUGAAGGCGCACUGGGGUUUAGACAGAGUAACCCUAGUGUUAUCGAUGUUGUGUCAUUGCAUAAUUCUUUAAAAAUCUUCGAGAAAUAUGGGAAUAUGGGUGUACUGAGGCACAGGUCCCAACGGUUAACACGAUUCUUGAUUGAACAACUGCAAGAAUCACCAUACAUCUCUAGUGCAACCAAUGAUUCAAGAUUAAAAUUUAAAAUCAUUACACCCAUCCAGUCCGAGAGGUCCCAUGGAGCUCAAAUAUCGUUGUUUUUUUACGUCCAUAGAGACUGCAAAGCAGAUAUCACCACCGAGAUGGAACUAGUGUCCAAAUAUUUAUACGAGAAAGGGGUGAUAGUCGAUGAGAGAAAACCAAACGUAAUCAGAAUCGCGCCAGCGAUUCUGUACAACACGUUCGAGGAGGUCAAACGAGCCAUCGAUAUAUUAAAUUCGAUCCUUGAACAACUAAACAGCGCCUAA